AUGGCCCUCUAUUCUAUAAUAGGAAAUACGGUCUAUAUAAUUACAAAAAAUUUUUUUAAGUUUUAUUUCCAACGCCAUUGUAUUCUUGCCAAUUUUCUUUCUUCUCACUCGGCGGAUAUUAAAUUUGCCUUUUUUAUGGAUGCAGAUAUUGGUGUCAUUAAUCCAAAUCAUUCACUAGAAGAAUUUUUGGAAGGAAAAAAAGAUUUUGAUUUAAUUUUUUAUGAAAGGAUAUUUAAUGGGGAAAUUAUGGCUGGAAGCUACAUUUUAAAAAAUACUCAAUUUACUAGAGAAUUCCUUUAUUAUUGGGCUGAUUAUUAUUUUAAAGUGCCACAUAGUUUUCAUGGAACCGACAAUGGAGCAAUACAUGUAUGUAUGUUUAUUAAAAUUUAUUUUCAGUAAAUUUUGAUUAGAGUUCGAUAUUAGGGACGGGGAUUGUCUACAGAGAACUGCACGGAGGAAGAACGAGGGUGGGGAAGCUCAGGGGAGACCUCCAACAUCUGAGGAAUUCCAUUCAUCGAAGUAGUAAAUUCCAUCUUUAGC